AUGGCAUGCCUACUCACCACGCGGUGGUGGUGCAAUGAUGUUACAUUUCUUGGUGACGACACCGACGUAGCUCGGACAGAUGAAUGUUAUUGUGGACGAUACCCAUUGUGGGUGAGGGGGUCGAGGGACUUUACCAGUAGUUUUCAAAACCUGGUCCAGCAGUUCCAAGCACAACACUCGGUGACCAAGACAGACUUAUAUCGGUGCACUUUUGGAUGGUCUUUCGGGCUCCACGAGUUCUGCUCCGAUAAUUCGCCAAGAGCUUUGCCAUCACCGGCGACCUCAAGUCUCACAGAGAAAACGAUUCAGGCUGUCAUGUGGUACCGAUCCAUCACCCCUUCCGAGGGACACUGGGCAGCGAUCACCGGCUUGUCCUCAUUCAACCGCGGAGCCAGCUGUCACUACGAAGAAUUGGAUCUCGGACUAUCAACCUCACCGAGUCGGAAAGUAAUAUCCAUUCGCCUGUACAGUGCUGGCGUCACUAAAAGAUCUAGCAAGCACGGAUGUUUUGACAAUUCAAUACCUAGAUUGGAAAGGAAGGCAGCCGUUGGGAACCAUUAG